AUGCAACUCUUCACACCGGGGCCUUUCAACCCCCUGGGCCGUCUCUCAGGCGCCCGGCGACCUUUGGCCCAGGCGCAUGCUCGAGGUGCCCGCGUCAUCCUUGCCACCAGUCUGGAUCUCGAUUAUCUGUCCGGUCGGGAUUAUACAACUAUCCGACUCCGGCACGCCAACACCGCGAUCAGACAAGUGCUCGUCGGCAUCAACGCUUCUUCCACUAAUGCAGUCGCCAGGAAAUCGGGCAGCCUCAUUUCCAGCGACGAAAUCUUCUUCGCAGUCAUGUCCCUGGCCAAGCAAAGUGACAACACCUGCAGCACGCCAGUCCAAGGUACGGCCAUGCAGCAGAUCGUCCGAUCAAGGAGCGGACUGGCCGACGCGGGGAACGAGGCGCCAGGCUUCGCCGAGGCGCUGUAUCAGUUUGACAUCCUGGAAAGUGCAAAGACCUUGAGUCGUCCGUGGAUGGACAUGCCGUCGAGCAGAUGGCGUCUUCUGAGCAAGGAGACCACUUCGUUAAGAAACGGCGUAGAGAAAGACGUACGGGACAGGUUCAUUCGGGCACUCCUGCGAACCUCCGACUACACGCCCCUCUUGGUCAUCCUCUCCGACAUACGUGUUUAUUGUAUCUGUGUUAAAACACUGCACGGUCAAAUGGAGCCGGGAUCAACAGCACAUGAACCCUCCCCGCCCUUGUCACGAGAUUUGUCGGUCCUCCGAGAUACCAUUGAGCAUCGUCUGUUGGCUUACACGUUCGUUGACGACUCGGUCGACGAACAACUCUGCCAGACGACGGCUUUGAUUUUCACGCAUUUUGUUAUCUACCCCUUGCCCAACCGAGAGCCGUUGGAGAUUCUACUUGAUCGGCUGAUGGCGUCGCUACGGCGUCCGCUUCUGGUCUGGGUUUCCACAAUCGGCGCCAUGGCCUGUCCAGCAGCAGCAGACCGGACGAGGACACGAUUCUUCUCGAAGAGAUUGACAGCAUAUGCGGCCGCCGAGGGCAUCUCUUCAUGGUCCCAGCUGAGACGUCUCCUAGAGGGCUUCCUGUGGCUUGACCGAGCCUGCCCGUCUAAUACUGUACAUGGUACUCAGUCAGCACCAACGGCGUCCGAUCCUCAAAGCAAUAAUCAAUUACUCGACCCUGAGGACGCAACAUCGCACGGCGAGGGCUACAUCAUCUGGCCCACUCCCCGAUCAAGAUAUUCCCGUGGCUCUUACCUUCUGAGAACUCGGAGCAGCAGCAACGACAUAACCCGGUUUGACUCGCCCGGUGUCGGCGCUUACGCUGAUCAUCCGAAUCAGUAA